AUGGAAUCCGACUUAAAGAAACAUUAUAAUGGCGUUCAUUACCUUACUGAGGAUGCGAGAAAAGGAGCCUUAGGGGACAUUGAGGAGAGGCAGAAGACUCUUGAGAAGCUUAAAGAAAAUCUUGAAGCUUUUAUUGGAAAAGAAAAUGAUGACGCUGGAAAAUGUCAAAAUCUUUUAACAAAUCUCAGUGAAGGCUUAGAAAAGUUUUUAGGUUUCAACUCUGAGUCCAAAGGCUACUCGGGUGAGGGCAUCGUGUACUCCGACCUUGACAGGCUGUGCGACGGGGUGAUGGCUUUCCUUCAUGGAGUUUUACAUAGCAUUAAGCCUGAAUUAGGUCAGCAUAAAGAGACAUUAAAUACUGCAAUAAGCCUUCUUGAAACCAAUAAACACUCUGGCAAAGAGGGUUUUAAUACUGCGAUUGUCAAUGUGGUCCAGGGGGUGAGGGAGUAUAAUGAGGGUGUUAAGUUAAGUAAUGAGAAUAUUAAAAAGCCUAUAAAGACAUUUCUAGCUGACUUCAAGGAAGAAAAAGGUGAGUUAAUGAAACAAAUUAAUGCUUUGCAGGUGUCUGAUGUGCCAAGCCAAGCGGAGCCGGAGGCGACCAAGGCCAAGGAGCUUGUGGAGUCGUGUCUUCGACACUCUAAUGUCUUUGAUAGCGCACUUAGUGACGCACAAAAGCACAUUAAUGAUCUUAAUCCCACAUGUAAAACUAGUGUAAUUCACGCACAUAAGAAUGUGAAGCAUGAGAUUAAGCGGCUCGGUGAGCUGUCCAGUAGGGAGCAUGGCGACUUGGCGGCCAUGAUUAAGUUUAUCGAAACUAAGUUGAAUGGCCUCGGAGUGGAGGUCAAAGAGGAAAUUUGCAAGCAGGUGAGAGACCUUGUUGAGCAUCUGAAAAGAAGGGUUCAGUUUAUUAAGCUUCAGCUGGAAGAUGCUGACAAGAGUCUGAAGGAAUACGCUAAGGAACUUCAGCAGUGGAUCAACUCGUCGGACAAACUUGUGAAAGACGCGAUGAAGGAAGCUGUAAACAUUGAGGAAAGGAGGCCUGGUAAAUAUAAUAAGCAAACAGGCGAUGGAAUUGCAGCGGCGAUGGACCAAUGGGGAAAAGACGUUAACAGUUAUGUUAAAGGCAUGACGAUCAAAAUUAAUGAGCAUGCUCAGGAAGCUGGGCGGAAACUUGUGGAGCUGGAUAAGGUUUAUAAGAAUAAAUUGUUGGAGAUAACCAAGGCAGUGGAGGGAGUGCCGAAGGCGAUUAAGGCGCUUGGGGAGAAGUUUCCUGAUAAGGGCGGCAAAAAGCCGACAAGUAUUGAUGGGAUCUUUGAAAAUAUUAGAAACCAGGUUAUCCAAAUUAAUGGGACAGCAGGAGACACAGAUUCAUUCUACAUGGGUUUCGAGGGCAUGAAAAAGGGUGUUAAGGAGUAUGCUGAGGGGUUCACUCAGGGACAGUUUGAAAAUACGGUGAAAGGGUGGAGUAAUAAGAUAGUAGAUACAGUUGGUGGUCCAAGCGGGCUGCGAGGGUAUUGGAUGAGUCAGAAGCCUUUGGCGAAUAAGUAUGACACAGAAGGUAAAACACUGCAUAAAGCAGUGACCGGAAAAAUUAUUGCGAAUAUCACCGCCGAUGUCAUUAAUCCGGCUGCUGGCACCUUUGGUGGAAGUCCCGAAGGAAAGCGCGUUGAUGAAAUUUUGAAAGCCGUCAAAGAGGUUUGUGAGACUUUUGCCAAUAAGCUGGAGAUGCAAAUUCCGACUAAGGUUACUAUAAUUGUAGGAGCCAUUGAGAGUGAAGGUUCGUUGAAAAUAAAGAAUAAGGGCUCCCUAUAUAACGGUGAUCUAAAUUCCGCCGUCCAACGCAUCCUUUUUGCACUCGCCGCCAACGCAAAGAAUAUCGCCGCCGAACUCCACUCAUUGGUCCUCGAGACUAGACCCUCUGGCUCAGACACUAGCAUCGCAGGCAAAAUAAAGGAGGCUCAUGAAAAGAGUGAGACACUUAAAGGUCAGUUUGACACGGCGACUGGGAAAGGAGCCGCUGCCGGAUCCAACACCAACCACGCCCAAGCCGUCGACACCGCGAUCGCGCAGGUGCAGACACAGGCGACAGCUCCAUCAGCACCAAACGCGACAAAGCCUACACCCCCCCUCGACCAAGCGAUCAAGAACAUCAGUGGAGAAGCCUCUGCUCUCAGCGUCGAACCCACCGAAACUAAGCUCAAAGAGUGGUCCGGCAAAAUUAAAGAUGAACUAAGCAAAAUAGUCGACGCAUUCGUCUUCCACGGCACACUCAUCAAAGGCAUUUUGACCAAGCUCGAAAAGGACCUUGGCAGAGGCAAGUUGGAUAAAAAUACUCUCCAAGACCUCCACAAAAAAUUGACGGAGCUCCAACAAGGCCCGGUGACCAAGGCCCUGAAUGAAGCCAACGACAUUCUAGAAAAGGCAGAAGAAGUGACGAACAAUACACUGAGGCCUCUGAAAAACAAAGUUGACCAACAAGUCUCCUCCGCAAUCUCCGAGCUGAGCACCCUAGCCAGAAAGCAGUACAUUUCCUCUAUCCAAUCCAUGCUCACCGAAUUCUCCAAGAAGGUUGAGGAGGAGCUGGAAGGAGUACCCGAAGAAAUCGAAAAAGAUUUGGAGCAGGGACACAAGAAGUUUAUGAAAUUGUUUGAAGAUAAUUUUGUCACGAGAGCCAAAGUUAUUGCAGAUAUCGAUCCUAAUAAGUUUACGAAAGCAGAGCCUCCACUGCACCAGGCGGCAAGAAGGUUAAGUGGCGCAAUAAGUGCUUUAUUCAUCAAUUGCCAAAAGGUUGCAGAUUUAAAGUCAGACUUCGGCAUAAUGAAGCCUACACAAAAGGCUCUUGACAGAGUGCUUACAGGCCUCUGGGCAUCCAAUCAUUUCGACAACAAAUUUUCUAAUAAUUUGGAUGCACUGAAUGAUACGUUAGCUACAUUCAAUCCCAAGACAUACGGUGAGGGAAAAUAUCCUUAUAUUCUCGAGUCGUUUAAAAAAGGCUUCGCGGCAUUAUUCACGAAGCUGGAGCACGCGUACGUGAACGCUUACAGCGGUAUGAAAUUCACUAGAUUGUUAGCACCUAAAAAAGUGGAUAUGUCGGAAAAUGUUCCCGAUCCACAACGUCCCGCCUCAAAUGUUGCUGCCGCCUCCGGUCAACUAUCUGAUCCCAGCCGAACAAGGCGUUCCGCUCCCGCCGCCAGCGGUCCUGUUCCCAGCACUCCGCCAACAUCUCCCCCCGUCUCUGGCCAAAAGGCCGAGCCGGAAUAUGAGUUAACCCCCGAGGGCCGCGACUGCGCAAAGGUCUGUGUCACCAUUAUGGAGCGAGUGAAAAAUCAUCUGUUUGUUUUGGAAAGAGAAUGUAACUCUGGUGGCAGGUGGCGCCAUAAUAGUAUUCGUUUGUAUGAUCAUACAAAUGGCAGGAAAACUGAGAACCCGCUUGGCACAUGGCUGAGGGACCACGGCUUCCGAGUGCCGUCCGAGGAGGGAAAGCAAGAUGGCGAAUUGCGGAAUAACCUUGGCUUCACCGGGCAUAAAAUGAAAACUACACUGCUUGACCACAAUAUUCCCGGCGCUUCUCAGGUUCGAUCCCUACUUGACUGGGUGACUGAGGAGAGGAAAAAUGCUUCUCCGGGCAGCAAAAAGAGUGCCACAGGAAUCGAUGUCUUCGACAUUGCCCACUGCCUCCGCGACCUUUUCAGGAAAUACUAUGAAGUAUGUCACCAUGAGCAUAUCGAUUUGCCUAGGGCAUCAAGUAACAUCUACGAUAUGCUUCAGUGGCUUGGUGGCCUGCGGUGGAAUCCGAUGUACAGCACACUGAAGGGGCACCUUAGGACAUUGUUCCCCAAGCCCUUAAAAGAUGAUCCCAGAGAUUACAAGGACAUUCCCGCGAAGGACUUGAAACUGGAAGCGUAUCCGAAGACAAUCACGUAUGACGACUUGAGCGAUGAACUGCUGCAAAGUGUUUGCAUAUACGCCCAAGAUGCGUUGAUCGGCAUACUGGGCCACGGUCACUCGGGCGGAAUUUACGCCUGUGACUUUUUCACAAAUGCACAUAAGUUAUCGUAUCCUACUAGCGUCGGUUCAUGCUUUGACAUGCUCUUAGACAUAGUAUUUAAAGUGCAACAUCAACUUCAUUUUGUAUAUAAGCAGUGUUGCGAUACAACAGCGCUCAGCGGUUGGCGUGACUGUGUAUACGGCAACGGAGUUGGUGGCUCUGGAUGGCAAUGCAAUCGGCUCCAAUGCCCUAACCAAAAGGCCGAACAAAACGCUGACCAAAUAGGUAACCAAACACAUAAGCAAACAUGUACCCAAAAGUGUGACCAAACUGUUAGUUGUGGCCUUAAGUCGCCGCUCCAAUCCUUUUUGGAGGACGGUUUGCAAGGGUUCUUGCCGCACCAUAUGACGAAAGUUGGCUGCGGAGUUAAGUGCUCCGUCGGCAGCCACAGAGGUCAACCGUGCAAAACGCCUAUGGGCUUUGGAGACAUAAGCGUAACGGCCUCUCAUGUCAAAAAGGGAGCUCACCUUGCCGGCGUUCUUGACAGUUUCUGCGGUCCUACAUCCCACCUAAGUAGGUUGUGUCGUAAGCUGAAUUGCCUCCUUCGUAGAGCGCCACAAACUCUUGGUGAUAUGCUUGCCUUUUACCACAAAUUCCUAUAUGAAUGGAACGGACAGGGUCGUGUGCACAGGCAGGAUGCAUUCUUGCAGGCUGUUAAUGACGCAAUUUUCGGCGAACAGUAUGGAAAGUUGGACGUUGUAUGCAUACAAUCCAGCAGAACGCACACUGAGAAACAUUCCAAAGGUGAUCUAUUUAGUUUGGUGGACUGUCAUACGUCUCCAACAGUGAAUGCUCCCGUCGGUUCCUGCGGUCCAUAUUUGGAGUCAAUUAGUAAUGACAUCCGCCGAACAUUCUCCGAAACUCGCGCUUCGAACUAUCUUUCAUGGAUCGUUUAUAUCACGGAGACAUUUUACGAUCUACUCAAAAUGUUAUAUGAUGAGUGCAACAAAUGUUGCGGCACUGAUAAGUCGAAGUGCCGUGUUGCAAAAUGUGCAGUAAAUUGUAAUGUCGGCAAACAGGCAUCUACAUACAAUCACGAUGAUUCAUGUAACUCCAUUGUAAAUUGCAGCUAUACCACGCCUACAUUAUUUAAAUAUGGAUUCGUUCAUGGGGAUGCUCUGAUACUUGCUGGUAAGAGGAGCAAACGUACGUGCAGAGACUUUUGCACGGCCCUGGGAAAAGUGAUCAGCGACAAAAUAUCAGACGAAUCGCCGCUCGCAACGUUAAUAUAUGAGAAAAUUCCCAAUUUCAUCUGCGCCAUCAGAUGGCCAUUUAUGCUAACGUUACUCACCCUCUGGUCGCUGUCGCUCCUGUACCUGCUGCACAUCGCCGUCGUCCGCCUCGACGUGCUGAGGAUACGCUCCCACCUGAGAUCACCCGCAAGCCACCGCAUCGCCGCGCAGUCGCUGCUCGCCGCCGCACGCGUCAAGGCACUCGCCAACGUCAAGUACUUCUCACCAUAA